AUGACUGGUUCGGGAGGAUUUGAUUUCGUGGAUAAAGGAGAAGCAUCAUAUUGCAGUAUGAGAUUUCAACAUUUCGUGGGCAGUGUGAAUUCGUGUGUCUCCUCAUACCACGAAAACAACGACAUUGACUACACGUACAGUGAGUGUUUAGGAUCCCGAUGUGGAGAAUGUCUGAUAAGGGAUAGUUGUGCUUGGUGUAAAGACAGGAAUUUCACAAAAUCACGGUGUGGAGAGGAAAUACGUUUGAAGCAGGAUAACUGCAGAAAUAUAGUCAGAAGGCAGAACCAUACAAUUGAUUUAGUCAAGGACAACGAUUUUUCGGACGGUGGAAAGAAACAAGACGCCGUUCAAAUCAAACCACAACACGUAAAAAUCAAAUUGGUUCCAAAUACACCUCUAAAGGACUUCUACGUGAACUACAAAGUUGCAAAGAAUUUUCCGCUAGAUCUUUACUUUUUAAAUGAACCGUCCAAGACCAUGAUGACAUUAAAAAACACCUUAAAAUCUCUUACAAAAACUAUCGCGAAGGAAAUAGACGAUGAGAAUAAUACAGACAUUCAGUAUGGAUUAGGGACUGCCAUGGAUAAGCAACUUCUUCCAUUCACACGAAUUCACCAGCUCACAACUGACACAUGUGAAGGAUCUAAUAACCAGUUCAAGUGUGAAAAGCCCUACUCCUACCAUCAUCUACAAAAACUAACAAAAAACACCACAGAAUUCGAGAAUGCUGUUGAUGAAAUUAUUGCCACAACAAACUUUGACAAACCAAAUGGAAUGCUUGAUGGUUUGAUUCAAGCCAUGGUUUGUGGGGAUAAAAUUGGUUGGAGAAAAAAAGCCAGAAGAAUGCUGUUUUACUCUACUGACGCAACUUUUCAUCACGCCGGUGACGGAAGAUUAGCCGGAAUUGUUGACCCAAAUGACGGCAUAUGUCAUCUAGAUUCGUCCGGAUUUUACAGAAUGUCCGAAUUACAGGACUAUCCAUCACUUGGUCAGGUUAUACAGAAGGCAAAAGAAAACAAUAUCAAUAUAGUUUUUGUUAUCGGUGGGAAUUUUUCGGAAGUAACAAAACAAGACUUGGCGAGACUCUACUACGACACACUUACUGCUACACUACCAGGUGGAAUUCAAAGUGCUUCCAAGUUGUGGAGAAAUGCAAGCAAUAUUUUGGAUAUUGUUGUUGACAACUAUAAGAAGGUACGUGGAGUUGUCAAAUUAGUUGUUAACGAAGAAUUUGAAGAAUUGAAUGUCACCAUGUACACCACAUGUAGAACGGAUGGUCGACAUUGGACUAAAACAAACAUUUGUUUCGGACUGAACCCACAUAAAGAGGCUCAUUUCCUUCCUUAUGUACAUGCAACAUUCGAAAAGUGUCCUGAAAAUGAAAAAUUAAACUUUACCAUUUUCCCUGAGGGUUUGGAGGAGCGAGUGUUUGUGGAAUUAGAACACGUGUGUAGAUGUGAAUGUGAACUGGAACCUGAGGCGGAACCAAAAAGUUCUAAAUGCAACUAUCAUGGUACCUUUGAAUGUGGAAGUUGUAAUUGUGAUUCCGGUUGGAUUGGGGACAGUUGUGAAUGUGAUAACAGGGGGACUGAGGAUGAGAAAUGUGGAACAGAAAAGGGAAUUUGCAAUGGUGCCGGACAAUGUACAUGCCGGAAGUGUGAAUGUUUCAAAGGCUACAGUGGAGAGAAAUGUGAAUGUAAUGACGAGAAUUGUAGGACCUACAACAAACUUCUCUGUGGUGGUCCUGAACGGGGACGAUGUGCAUGUGGAGCUUGCGUUUGUAAUGCUAAUUAUUCAGGGGAAGCUUGUGAUUGUCUUCAAUCAGAGGAACCAUGUAAGAGCAACAAUGGUACGAUAUGCUCCGGAAAUGGCUUUUGUGAAUGUGGACACUGCAUAUGUAAUACAGGCUUUCGAGGGAAGCUGUGUAACAGUUGUACGCAUUGCCCAGGUAUCUGUAGCAACAAUAAAGACUGCGCUGAAUGUAUGGCCUUCAAUCAGGGUCUUUACAACUCAACCGUCUGCAAACAACGUUGUUAUAAUGUCGAAACUGCAUCAUUCCUCCAACCACGAACCACAGAAAACCAAAAUGAUUUAGUGACAAUAAAAUCCUGCAUCAUUGAAGACGCAUUCGGAUGUUUUAUAAAUUUCAAUGUCUAUGAUAGCGAUGAAGGACGGAAAGUGGUAGUGAAAGAAACUAAAAGGUGUCCAGCUGGUCCACCGAACCUGUUGUUAGUAGGACUAAGCAUCGCAGGAACUAUUCUACUGAUUGGUCUGAUUUUGUUAAUUAUUUGGAAGUUGCUGACAUUGUUGUACGACCAUGUUGAAUUCUCAAAGUUUGAAACAGAAAUCAUGAAUCCAGCUUGGGAAAAGUCUGAAAAUCCUAUCUAUAAAGAAUGUGUGACUAAAAUAGAUAACCCAAUGUGUGACUCCGGGUUUAAUCCUGAUGAAAAUGAUGAAAAGAUACUUAUACAUGAAAUGGAAGUGGAUACGGCCUCAAGCGAGACACAGUGCCCGGAAAAGACAGUGGACACUAGCGAUGAAUGAAUUUAUACAGUAUAUAUAUAUUAUACUUAAAAAUCAUUUAAACAGAUAAAAUUUAUAUGCCUAAGGUUACCUGUAUAGAAACACUGAUAUCAGAAGUUUUGUUCUAAGAUUUAAUCCGAGACUUUUCACCUUGAUAUAUUCAAAAUUUGGCUUUAUUUGCAACCUGCUUUAAUCAAUUAAUUUCACUAUGGAGAAAAGGUACAUCUAUGAGAAUAACAAGGAUAAACUAAUAUAUUUUGAAAAAAAAAUUAUAUCAUUAGAAAUGGCUAUCUACAAUAUCUAA